GCUUGUUUCCCAAUCCAAUACCAAAACGAUUUCGAAGUGGAGACCUUUUUCAGAUAAACGAUCUGAUCUCGAGCUUACUGAGCCAAGUCGAGUUGGAGGCAUUAGCGGAUAGAAAAUACUGGAAAUGGAUAAACCCACUCUGCUUCGAGCUUGAAGAACUCCGUCUCCACUCUCCAGCCGACUGACAGUAAUCAGAGAUUCCGAGGGAUAGAAAUGGCUUACUACCCAGAAUCCACUCUCUUCUGCAACUCCCUCCAUUCUCGAAGCUCCUCAUUUCUUCCCCUCAGAAUCUUGAAACCCAAUUCCGUGCAGAUCCAGGUUCAGGCAUCGAAAGCCCCUUCGAAUUCCCGUCAGAACAUUUCAUCUUCUUCCACAAGCUACGUCUGGGUCAAUCCCAACAACCCCAGGGCUUCUAAGCUGAUCGAGAGCUCUUACGGUUCCCAGUACUCUUCCUUGUUGGAUAUUUCGAAAUCUUUGGAUUCCUGCAAAGCUGUGGAAGAGGAUGUGGCGGCUGUGCUGGCGGUUCUGAGGGGUGAAGCCAAAGAACAUGACGCCGUGGUUAUCCUGAACAGAAUGUCAAACCCUGAUACCGGGCUUCUGGUGUUUGAUUACUUCCGGCGGAGGCUCAAAUCAGCAAAACAGGUUGUUCUGUACAAUGUGACUUUGAACUUGUUAAAGAAGAAUAAUGAUUUCGCUAGAGCAGAGAAACUGUUUGAUGAAAUGCUUGAGAGAGGAGUCAGGCCGGAUAAAAUUACACUCACCACUAUUAUUGGCUGUGCCAAAUCUUGCGCCAUGCCGAGAAAAGCUUUAGAGUUGUUUGGAAAGGUGCCAGCUUUGGGGUGUGAGCUAGACGGCAUUACAUGCUCAAUGAUGAUUGAUUGUUACGCGCGUUUGGGAAAUGCGAACAAGGCAUUGGAAUUGUACGACCGUGCAAGGGAAAAGAAAUUGAGUCUUGAUGCCCGGGCAUUUUCCUCGUUAAUUAGGCUUUAUGGUAUUUCUGGGAAUUACGACGGGUGCUUGAAUAUGUACGAGGAAAUGAAGGGACUUGGGGUUGAGCCUGUUUUGUCUGUGUACAACAAUUUGUUGCUUGCCAUGGGAAGAGCUAUGAGGCCAUGGAAGGUUAAAAACAUCUACCUUGAUAUGGUACAAGAUGGAUUCCAGCCAAAUUGGGGCACCUACUCUGCUAUGAUCCAAGCAUAUUGCAGGGCUCGCUAUGGCGAUGAUUCUCUUAAUGUCUAUAAAGAAAUGAAGGAGAAGGGAAUGAAAUCGAAUACCAUUCUGUAUAAUACAAUGCUUGCAAUGUGUGCUGACUUGGGACUACUAAAAGAGGCCAUUGAAAUUUAUAACGAUAUGAUUGGUUGUGAAAUGUCCAAGCCCGACCUUCGGACAUAUUCUUCUUUGGUCGCAGUGUACUCUAACAGUGGGAAGGUUUCAGAAGCAGAGGCCAUUCUAGAUGAAAUGAAAAAACAAGGGCUGGAGCCAGACAUUCAUGUCCUCACAUCGCUAGUUCGAUGCUAUGGGAAAGCUAAUCGUACAGAUGAUGUCGUAAGGACAUUUGACUGGCUUUUGGAUUUGGGUUUGACCCCUGAUGAGAGGUUUUGUUGUUGCCUUGUCAGUGUCUUGGCGCAGACACGCAGGGAAGAAAUGGCUAGAUUGGCUGCAUGCAUUGAGAAGAGCAUGCCAAACCUUGGUUACAUUGUGAAGCUCCUGAUUGAUGAAGAGAAGGCUGGAGGAGGGACUCUACUCAAGGAUGAAGCCAGUGAGUUCUUUAGCUCAAUUAGCACUGGUGUGAGAAGAGCUUUCUGCAAUUCCUUGAUUGAUGUUUGUGUGGGACUCAACCAACACAGAAAAGCUUCUGAGUUGUUUGUCCUUGGAAUGAAAUUCGAUAUCUACACCGGUAUACAAACCAAAGAACCUACCCAGUGGUGCCUCCAUCUGAAGAGUAUGUCCUCUGGGGCAGCUCUAACUGCACUGCACAUCUGGAUGAAUGAGUUGAGCAGAGCAAUUGAAAAUGGUGAGGAGCUUCCGUCAUUGUUUGGGAUCAAUACAGGGCAUGGAAGACACAACCACCCGGAGACACGCUUGGCAAACGUGCUUGAGUCACAAUUAAGGAAACUAAAUGCUCCGUUCUUGGAAGAACCCGACAUUCCUGGCUUGUUCUAUACAACAAAUAUCGCAGUUACAUCAUGGUUGAAAUAUAGACAAUCUGAGGGUGUUAAUGACACUCGCGAGUUGGUUCUUAAUUAAGGUUAAUACUUGACAUGUGCUUUUAAAUAUUAAGUUCAGAUAUUUCUUAGCUGAUGUGUGAACAAUCACUGAACUCUUCUUCUUCUAUAGAUUUAGCUCAUUCUGUUGGUAGAGCCACUUCGUUUAAUUUUACAUUAUAUUUUUGGAACUGGCCACAAUAUUAUUAGCACCAAAAUCCAGGGUAUAGUUGCAGAAGAGAUGAUUACAAUCUUCAGCUUCAUCUUCUUCACAAAGAAUACAGUUUUGAUUGAUCU